AGCUGUGAGCUUUUUGUAAGCUGAGCAUCUCUACCAAGAGCCUGGGAGGAAGAGAGGGAAAAAGAGUGAGAUACAGCUGAAAUACAUCCAUGCUCUGAGACAGAGAAGGACAGAGAUUCCUGUGCCCCAGUAGUGGUGAGUAGAUGGAUUUAAUGUGAUGCAAAAUAAAGAAAAAGGAGAAGAGAGAGACGUAUUUAUUUUCUAGAGACAGGAAGAGAGAAGAGAGGGAGGGGCUGCUGUCAUCAGCACUGUGGUCCUGUGUUGCACUGUAUUAGGUGGCUCAGCAUCCUCCAUGGAGCAAAGCAGCUGAUGCUGAUUUUGUUAUACCUAUCGUAUGCAUGCACACGCGUGUGUGUUUGUGUCUGUGUGUGUGGUUCAGCAUCAGCAGUAGCUUAUGUAAUUCAUCAUUGCUGUUCAGAAAUCAGCUAUUCUAAUCAGCGUUUUUAUUUUUGUCGCAUUUGCUAAUGCAAUCAGAUUUGUCUUCUCCCAUCUGAAAAAGAAACCAGGAUCAUUUUAAUGUGCGUGAGUGCACUUGACGGUUGGUUUAUUUACAUCUGUGCCCAAUCUGUGCUCAUUUGCCGUGUGGACAUUUGAAUCAGCAGAGAAGAGACGGAGGAGAGGAGAGAGGGAGAAGAAUUGGCUGCUGAUGAUGUAACAGCCUUACCCUCCUCCCUCCCCAUCCAUCUCUCCGCCUCCUGCUAGAAUAGAUGGAUUAUUCACAGCGGAGGAGGAGAGAUGUGAUGACCUUUACCCUCAACACUCUUCCCACUGCCCUCCCUCUCUCCCCCUCUGCUGUGGUCAUUGAAAUCCUCCCGGCAGCAAUGAUAGAGACACAGUCUUUUAAGACAGUGUGCCUGUAGGAAAUGGCUUGUGUGUGACUGUGUGUACAGUACUGCCAACUGAGUUCACUCAUUGUAUGUGUGCAUAAACAGACCUACACAAAACACAGUCAGGCUCUCACUGGUACGCCGGAUCAAGUCCUAGUAUAGGGACUAUUGUGGAUGAUGGAUGAUGAUUCUCCACAGCAAUGUAGAGGUUGAAGGACCACAGUAGGGGGAUUGUGUCUACGUAACCUGUCAAAGUUACAUUUCUAUUCACUCCUUGUGGUGCGAACCGCAGGCACAUGCAAGCACACGUACGCGCACGCACGCGCACACACACACACUUGCCUCUCCUCUGUUAAUUGGUCUGUAUUCAGUGUCUCUUGUGUAUUGUCUUAAGGUCCCCCUGGGUGAUGAAGGGAUGGACCUGGAGUCUCACAGUAAGAUGAGCUCUGAGGGGGCCGAGGGCAGACCAGGUGAGCCUCAGUAACACCGGCAGCUCUAUAUGGGAUGAAAGGUUGUUAUGCCAUCAUUACUCUGUGGCUGCCUGCAGAACUAAGCUGUCAGUUAAUUAGACACACUCUCACAUUCACAUGCAGCACCAUGAUGAGGUUAGUUACUCAUACAGGCGUUAACUCAUUCAUAAUACGUACACAUUUAUAAGCUACUUACAGCUAUAUCAUGUUAAGGUCCAAAUGUUUUUAAUCUUUAGCACAGGUUGGUGCAUUUAAGAGGACAACUAGACAAAAUGCAAUAACCCUACACACAAGAGACAAAGAGAGAAAAAGAGAGAUAUAUGGAGCCUUCUAACAUUUCCACUGACUCCUCCACUUCCCUCCCUCUAGCCCCUCCCAAUUCGCUGCCCCUGCAGGGCGCGCCAGGUGGCCCGUCCCAAAGGAAGAAGCUCUCCGCCCCGUGUAUCAGCCUCUCAUUGGACCAGAGCGAGGAUGACGCCCUAGAGACGCCCGACGACCUGGACAUUAACGUGGACGACCUGGACACGCCCGACGAUGCAGACUAUCUGGAUUACACCGACAAUGAGCUGGACUGGGAGGGUUAGUCAGUCUAGGACCUCCAUACUCAACUGGCGGACCGCGGUUCAGAUCCAAACCCAGAACGGGGUCAAUACGGACCGCGGGUCCCGACUACCCACAUUUUUUUAUUUGAUUUUUUACUCGGUUGGGCUUCGACCCCUAGUAUCAUAUUAACACACAUAUGACAUAGAAACGUGUAGAAUUGCAGGAAAUUAGCUUUAAACAGAAAAAAUGUAUCUGUUCCAUGCAAAAUGUGUAGAAUACUGGGAAAUUAGCUUUAAAAUUUUACAAUUUUCUCUCCGCCAACAAGAGGGGUGUGAACAGUUUGGGGUCGCAUUGGUUGGUGGAGGUUUGUUACUACGCCGAUAAAUGACCAAAUCCAUCUAGACCUUUGCCACAUAGGACAUUUGUGUUACCGGACGUUCCCAAUAGUACUUGAGUACCCCUGGUCUAGGAGUACGUCCCAAAUGGAACCCUUUAGUGCACUAUACAGUAGGGCCAUUUCAAACACAGACUAAUACACUCAAUUAGAUAUUACGCCACUUGGAAGCUGGAAGUUCAAUGAAAAUAUUACCUAAAUUUCUCUGUAAUCACAUUUUUGUUGUGUAGAUUAUAAAUCGAUUUAUAGUGCGUCUGUUUUUUCUAAUAGCUUUGUUUCUGCCUUUUGCCCAAACCAGAACCCCCAACAGUCAAUCGUACCACGGAGAAGGAGCCAUGCGAGCCCACAUGCAGCGCGGAGGAGGAGCGUCAGGAUGGGAAGCUGUGGAGGGCCGUGGUCAUCGGAGAGCAGGAACACCGCAUUAACAUGAAGAUCAUUGAGCCCUACCAGAGAGUUAUCUCCCAUGGAGGUACAGGAAAGUUCUGGUCAUUGUUCUGUGUUUUUAUACCUUGUUUUAUUUUAUAUACCUCUCUUUUGCCUCCUUUCACUUGAUGGGGUCUCCCAUACAAAAUAGAUUUUCAUCCCAUAGAACCUAAUGGGGUUUAAUUACAGGAUAAAAAAUAAAGAUUUAAAGGGCUAAUCAGACAUAGUGACAUACUGAUGGCAGAUGACAGAGAGAAAAACCAAAAAAACUGAGAAAGAAACAGCAAAACACCGUACCCCACCACCAAGCCUCUCGACAGGGCACUCUUAUAAACUGUUGUGGUGUGGAUCAUAUCUGAAUAUUUCUUUACAAGUGUUGUUUUUCCUUCAUCAGGGUACUAUGGAAAUGGAGUGAACGCCAUCAUAGUGUUUGCGGCGUGUUUCCUCCCUGACAGCGACAGUGAGGACUACCAUGAAAUCAUGGAGCAUCUCUUCCUGUGAGUUACACCUAGAAUCCUCCUCGUCCUCAGAGCUACUGACUUGAAUCUAUUUCCUGGUCUGAACCCUACACCUUACACCUGACAAAUACACCUUAUGUUGAAAAUAUCUUAGAGGAUAUACUGAUUGCAUUUUAUAGUUUUAGUCUGUAUUUCCAAUAACCCUGUGAGAUCCAUCGUUGUAUAAAUGCAACGUUUCCUAAACUGCUACCUGUACAGGUCCUAAACUAAAACAUAAUGUCAAUCACUACAUAGUGCAUCUUCUUAGACCCAGAUGUAUCUCUUAGUAGUAUUUGUUAUGUGUUGGUAUGAUUAUUGUGGCAUCAGAGGAAGGCCCAAAAAAUUGCCAAAGACUCCAGCCACCCAAGCCAUAGACUGUUCACUCUGCUAACGCCCGACAAAUGGUACCGGAGCAUCGGCUCUCGGACCAACAGGCUAAUUAGUUAAUUAAUGGUAACCCGGACUAUCUGCACUGACUCUAUGCACACUCACAAAGACUGUAUAAACACUAUAUACAUACUCACACUACACUGACACUCUCACACAAAGCCCACACACAUUCACAUACUCUAUAUACACACACACAUACACACACACACAUAACACACGCAUAACACACACACACACACGCAUACAGACAACACACACAAACACACUUUUACACUCAUCAUAUGCUGCUGCUACUCUGUUCUUUAUUUUACUCUUAUUAUUAUCUAUCCUGAUGCCUAGUCACUUUACCCUGCCUUCAUGUACAUAUCUACCUCAAAUACCUCAUACCUCUGCAUAUUGAUCUGGUACUGGUACUCCCUGUAUAUAGCUCCAUUCUUGUGUAUUUUAUUCCUCUUGUGUUACUAUUUCUAUUUUUAUUAUAACUUUUUAACUCUGCAUCGUUGGGAAGGGCUCAUAAGCAAGCAUUUCACGUUUAAGUCUACAGCCGUUGCAUGUGACAAAUAACAUUUGAUUUGAUUUGAGCAGUAGCUUCUGAAACAUUAGAAAGCUGUCCACUUGUCUGAGACCACACUGGUACCCUACACAAGCAUAUGGUGUAAGCCAUCCAUGCAAGUACAUGACUUUUUUUUCCUGUCUUCUCUAAAAUGUAGUGAUUAUGUAGAAAAAAGGAAUUGAGCUAGAGGUAGUUUUGUAAGUGUUGCAGAAGCACAACAUUGGGCUUAAAGGGUUGCCAAAUUGAGACAUUGGCCCACAUUCAUAUACAAUGCAUUUGGAAAGUAUUCAGACUUUUUCCACAUUUUGUUACGUUACAGCCUUAUUCUAAAAUUGAUUAAAUAGUUAUUUUCCCCAAUCUACACACAAUACCCCAUAAUGACAAAGCAAAAACAAGUUUUUAUAAUUUUUUGCAAAUGUAUUACAAAUAAAAACCGGAAAUAACACAUUUACAUAUGUGACUGACCGGUUCGAUUUGGUGUUAUGUAGCAACAUUUGAAAUGUAGUUUUUUUUACAUUGGGAUAAAAGUAGAGACAGAGCUAGAAAAUUGUUUAUAUCAUACACUACAGUUGAGGAACAAUGGGGAAGUAAUUCUGCUUUGAAAGUUGAUAAACUUUUGAGAAAAUGGCCUUUGAAUGUUUUGGUACACAUACUGGAGAGCUCUUCUUUGUCUACACCCUUUCAGCAUGGUUCACACCCUCUUAAGCUUUAGCCCCACCCAUCUCUUUAAGGAUACGCAUGAGGCCAUGUACUAAACAACCAAAGAUUUCAAGACUAAAGGCUGGUUUAUUCUACGUGUGUGUUCGUAAAUUUUAUCUGGAGUGCCAGAGUGUGCUAUGGGCAUUCAUAAACUCAGAGUUGUCAGAUUGUCUGUUUGUCAAUUCAGAGCGUUUCACUCUUGGAGCGGUCAGAGCGCACACUGAACGCUCUGGCCGAGGAGUAGGGUUGAUCAGAGCAUUCUGUCCUAACAGCAGCAGUCAAGCUAACUGGCUAAUGUUGGCUAGUUUACUAGCUACUUCCAGACGCAAAUGAGAGAACAGCUCACUCUGACCAUUUAAAAGUUUUUUUAAAGUCAUUUAGCAGACACUCUUAUCCAGAGCGACUUACAUGAGCAAUUAGGGUUAAGUGCCUUGCUCAUGGGCACAUCGACAGAUUUUUCACCUAGUUGGCUCGGGGAUUAGAACCAGCGACCUUUCGGUUACUGGCACAACGCUCUUAACCACUAAGCUACCUGCCGCUCCACUUGCCCUAGCAGAGCUGGUUAGGCUGUUUUUAUGUUAUCCAGAGCGUUGGUGACUGCAACUGUGCCGCUGGCAACAAUUUAAUUACACUUUUUUGGCAACGUUUACUGACACCGGCCAUAUUCAACAGGUGUUGAGCGUUCGUAAAUUCGUCAGUUAUUCUGCGCUCUGGCACACUCAGACGAGAGUGCUCUGAAAUCGGAGUAGAUAGCCAGAACGAAUUUACCAGCUACGUCUAUCAAAAGUUGUCGCAGUGACAUCAUGAACAUUCUAUUGAAAUGGUUACUUAGUGGAGUCUUUUGUUGAGACGUAGCUAGCUAGCUAAACAAUGAACCAUUAUCCCAACUCAUGACGUUACUACCCUGCAUGAAUCUUCAGGUAGCUAACCAACCAGGUUCAAUGUUAGCUAGCUAACAUUAGGCUAUAACUAGCAAAGCAAAUGGCUCUGAGAUACAAAUAAUAUUACUAAACAGAUCAUACACAUAACGUUAGCUAGCGAGCCAGCUAGCUAACGUUAGCUAGCUAGCUAACAGUACACUUUAGCUUGAAAUGAAAACGACUUUGACAAAAAGUAAGCUAGCUAGACUAUCUUACCUGUAUACAUGGAUGGACGCUUCUCCCUCUCUGUCACGGAUACCAUGGUUGGCCUUAGUUUGUAGAUGUAACCCGGAGACAGGUUUUUUCUCCAUCCCCUUAGCUAUCAUACUCUAAUUCCACUGAUUUCAAAACUCGGUCCUCCAGAAAGUGGAGAGCAACACUUAUGCAGUUCUACUACGUGAUAUAUAUAUUUUUAAAGCCGCGUUAGAAAGGAUUACCUACACAUACUGACCAGCUCAAAUAGACAGAAGCGUGCUACAUGGCAGACCAAUCCGAACUCAUCUCUCAGGAUUUCCAGCCCAUUCAUUAUCUCAACCAAAUAUGGCUAGCGGGAAGGUUGCUGUCUUUUUCUGUGGCUAAACCAACUAGGCUCAUAAUUUAACAAUUGUAUUCGUAUUUACAGAUGGCAUACAAGUUUGUUAUUAAGGCACAUGAAAGUACACAUGUUCCAGAAGGCAUUUCUGUCAAAAAACACAUUUUACUGUGCAGCCGUUUUCAUUGACCUGGCCAAGGCUUUCGACUCUGUCAACCACCGCAUUCUUAUUGGCAGACUAAAUAGCCUUGGUUUCUCAAAUGACUGCCUCGCCUGGUUCACCAACUACUUCUCAGAUAGAGUUCAAUGUGUCAAAUCGGAGGGCCUGUUGUCUGGACCUAUGGCAGUCUCUAUGGGGGUGCCACAGGGUUCAAUUCUUGGGCCGACUCUUUUCUCUGUGUAUAUCAAUGACGUCGCUCUUGCUGCUGGUGACUCUCAGAUCCACCUCUACGCAGACGACACCAUUUUGUAUACAUCUGGCCCUUCAUUGGACACUAUGUUAACAAACCUCCAAACGAGCUUCAAUGCCAUACAACACUCCUUCAGUAGCCUCCAACUGCUCUUAAAAACACUAGUAAAACUAAAUGCAUGCUCUUCAACUGAACGCUGCUUGCACCCGCCCACUCGACUAGAAUCACUACUCUCGACGGGUCUGACCUAGAGUAUGUGGACAACUACAAAUAUCUAGGUGUCUGGUUAGACUGUAAACUCUCCUUCCAGACUCACAUUAAGAAUCUCCAAUCCAAAGUUAAAUCUAGAAUCGGUUUCCUAUUUCGCAACAAAGCCUCCUUCACUCAUGCUGCCAAACAUGCCCUCGUAAAACUGACUAUCCUACCGAUCCUUGACUUCGGCGAUGUCAUUUACAAAAUAGCCUCCAACACUCUACUCAGCAAAUUGGAUGUAUCAAUGUCUAUCACAGUGCCAUCCGUUUUGUCUCCAAAGCCCCAUAUACUACCCACCACUGUGACCUGUACGCUCUUGUUGGCUGGUCCUCACUACAUAUUCGUCGCCAAACCCACUGGCUCCAGGCCAUCUAUAAAUAACUGCUAGGCAAAUCCCCGCCUUAUCUUAGCUCAUUGGUCACCAUAGCAACACCCACCCGUAGUCUGCGCUCCAGCAGGUAUAUCUCACUGGUCAUCCCCAAAGCCAACACCUCCUUUGGCCGCCAUUCCUUCCAGUUCUCUGCUGCCAAUGACUGGAACAAAUUGCAAAAAUCUCUGAAGCUGGAGACACUUAUCUCCCUCACUAACUUUAAGCAUCAGUUGUCAGAGCACCUUACCGAUCACUGCACCUGUACACAGCCCAUCUGAAAUUAGCCCGCCCAACUACCUCAUCCCUAUAUUGUUAUUUAUUUUGCUCAUUUGUACCCCAGUAUCUCUAUUUGCACAUCAUCUCUUGCACAUCUAUCAUUCCAGUGUUAAUACUAAUUGUAAUUAUUUUGCACUAUAGCCUAUUUAUUGCCUUACCUCCAUAACUUGCUAAAUUUGCACACACUGUAUAUAUAUAUGUAUUUCUGUUGUAUUUUUGACUUUGUUUUGUUUUACCCCAUAUGUAACUCUGUGUUGUUGUUUUUAUCGCACUGCUUUGCUUUAUCUUGGCCAGGUCGCAGUUGUAAAUGAGAACUUGUUCUCAACUGGUUUACCUGGUUAAAUAAAGGUGAAAAAAAAAAAAAAAGUUUACGUUCAAAUGGCUCUCCUGUGAAGUAGUGACGUGUGACAUACCCCUAGUUUCCUGAAACGAGUCACAUAUGUAUUUAGACCCUUUACUCAGUACUUUGUUGAAGCACCUUUGGCAGUGGUUACAGUCUAGAGUCUUCUUGGGUAUGACACUACAAGCUUGGCACACCUGUAUUUGGGGAGUUUCUCCCAUUCUUCUCUGCAGAUCCUCUCAAGCUCUGUCAGGUUGGAUUGGGAGCGUAGCUGCACAGCUAUUUUCAGGUCUCUUCAGAGAUGUUAGAUCGGGUUCAAGUCUGGGCUUUGGCUGGGCCACUCAAGGACAUUCAGAGACUUGUCCCGAAGCCACUCCUGCAUUGUCUUGGCUGUGUGCUUAGGGUCGUUGUCCUGUUAGAAGGUGAACCUUCGCCCCAGUCUGAGGUCCUGAAUGCUCUGGAGCAGGUUUUCAUCAAGGAUCUCUCUGUUCUUUUCUCAAUUCAUCUUUCCCUCGAUCCUGACUAGUCUCCCAGUCCCUGCCGCUGAAAAACAUCCCCACUGCAUGAUGCUGCCACCACCAUGCUUCACCGUAGGGAUGGUGCCAGGUGUCCUCCAGAUGUGAUGCUUGUCAUUCAGGCCAAAGAGUUCAAUCUUGGUUUCAUCAGACCAGAGAAUCUUAUUUCUCAUGGUCUGAGAGUUCUUUAGGGGCCUUUUGGCAAUCUCCAAGCGGGCUGUCGUGCCUUUUACUGAGGAGUGGCUUCCGUCUGGCCUCUCUACCAUAAAGGCCUGAUUGGUGGAGUGCUGCAGAGAUGGUUGUCCUUCUGGAAGGUUCUCCCAUCUCCACAGAGGAACUCUGGAGCUCUGUCAGAGUGACCAUCAGGUUCUUGGUCACCACCCUGACCAAGGCCCUUCUCCCCCGAUUGCUCAGUUUGGCCGGGCGGCCAGCUCUAGGAAGAGUCUUUGUGGUUCCAAACUUCUUCCAUUUAAGAAUGAUGGAGGCCACUGUGUUCUUGGGGACCUUCAAUGCUGCAGAAAUGUUUUGGUACCCUUCCCCAGAUCUGUGCCUCGACACAAUCCUGUCUCGGAGCUCUAGGACAAUUCCGUCGACCUCAUGGCUUGGUUUUUGCUCUGACAUUCACUGUCAACUGUGGGACCUUAAUGUGUGUGCUUUUCCAAAUCCUGUCCAAUCAAUUGAAUUUACCACAGGUGGACUCCAAUCAAGUUGUAGAAACAUCUCAAGGAUGAUCAAUAGAAACAGGAUGCAGCUGAGCUAAAUGUUGAGUCUCAUAGAAAAUGGUCUGAAUACUUAUGUAAAUAAGGUAUUUCAACAUCUAAAACCUGUUUUCACUUUGUCAUUACGGGGUAUUGUGUGUAGAUUGAUGAGGAAAUAAUUGUAUUUAAUCCAUUUUGGAAUAAGGCUGUAACGUAACAAAAUGUGGAAAAAGUAAAGGGGUCUGAAUACUUUCCGAAUGCACUGUAUUGAUAGACAAGUUAGAGAGAUUGUUUUCCUUCCAAAUUCUGCAAAUAUGGACAACCAAAUACUUCAAUACUAACUUUGAUAUCCCCUCUACACAAGAACAGAAAUAUAUAUUUUUUUAAAUGUAUGUGUAGUUUAUGAGAAUACUGCCAUUGAUGACCAUUUAUUUUAUGGUAAAGAAGUAAGAUAGCUCUCGUAAUUAAGCCAGAAAGGACAACCAAAUAUUACUAAAAGUAAAUUAGAUGUUCUCCAUACAUAGAAAACCCACAACAUAGUUGAUCCUUUCAAAAAGAUGUUCUUGAUAACAAAAUAGAAACAUUUGGAUCGGUCGAGAUGAUCAAUUUGGCUAUUUCAGACAAAAUAGGAUCUCAGAUUUUUAUACCAUUAGACAAUAUAAAUGCUUUUGAUCAAUUUUGAUGUGAUUUUAAUGGAAUUUCACAGUUUUCUUACCACACAUUUAUCCUACCAUUGAAGCCCAAUGUUGCAUUUUUGCAACGUUCCAGAAAAUGUUAAAUAAAUACAAAACAGAUUAUUUUCAUAAUCAGAGGCCUAUUACAAAUAUUUCUGAAGGGUAAUACGUUUUUCCUCAUUUGGAUCUAUGCCUGGGUCUCACAGGGUUAAAUGGCAAUAAUGUUCUAAUCUAACCCAUGUAGCGCAAUCAUUCACCAGUAUGCUCUGCUCUUUACCUUUACCUGAACAUGUUUUAAAUCGUACUCUAGGUUAAUGAUUGAUGUGUACCUCCCCUACUGUAUGUCCUGCAUUCAGGUAUGUGAUCAGCACGUUGGAGCUGAUGGUGGCGGAGGACUAUAUGAUCAUCUACCUGAACGGAGCCACACCCCACAGGAGGAUGCCUGGACUAGGCUGGCUCAAGAAGUGCUACCAGAUGAUUGACAGGAGGUCAUUUGACAUAUGGUUGAUUUAUGGAUGAGUGGAUGGAUGUAUUCAUUAUAUUUUUUAGUAUGAAAAAGUGUAAGGCCCACAGGAUAAAAUGUAAAAGGAUUUACGUAUACUUAUUUACAUUUUACAUUUUACAUUUUAGUCAUUUAGCAGACGCUCUUAUCCAGAGCGACUUACAGGAGCAAUUAGGGUUAAGUGCCUUGCUCAAGGGCACAUUUACGUCAUUUAGCGGACGCUCUUAUCCAGAGCGACUACAAAUUGGUGCAUUCACCCUAUAGCCAGUGGGAUAACCACUUUACAAUUAUACUUUUUUUUUCUUUUCUUUUUUUUCUUUCUAUUUUUUCUUUUUUACUUUUUUUUGGGGGGGGGGGGGGGGGUAGAAGGAUUACUUUAUCCUAUCCCAGGUGUUCCUUAAAGAGGUGGGGUUUCAAAUGUCUCCGGAAGGUGGUGAGUGACUCCGCUGUCCUGGCGUCGUGAGGGAGCUUGUUCCACCAUUGGGGUGCCAGAGCAGCGAACAGUUUUGACUGGGCUGAGCGGGAACUAUGCUUCCGCAGAGGAAGGGGAGCCAGCAGGCCAGAGGUGGAUGAACGCAAUGCCCUCGUUUGGGUGUAGGGACUGAUCAGAGCCUGAAGGUACGGAGGUGCCGUUCCCCUCACUGCUCCAUAGGCAAGCACCAUGGUCUUGUAACGGAUGCGAGCUUCAACUGGAAGCCAGUGGAGUGUGCGGAGGAGGGGGGUGACGUGAGAGAACUUGGGAAGGUUGAACACCAGACGGGCUGCGGCAUUCUGGAUGAGUUGUAGGGGUUUAAUGGCACAGGCAGGGAGCCCAGCCAACAGCGAGUUGCAGUAAUCCAGACGGGAGAUGACAAGUGCCUGGAUUAGGACCUGUGCCGCUUCCUGUGUAAGGCAGGGUCGUACUCUCCGAAUGUUGUAGAGCAUGAACCUGCAGGAUCGGGUCACCGCCUUGAUGUUAGCGGAGAACGACAGGGUGUUGUCCAGGGUCACGCCAAGGCUCUUCGCAGUCUGGGAGGAGGACACAACGGAGUUGUCAACCGUGAUGGCGAGAUCAUGGAACGGGCAGUCCUUCCCCGGGAGGAAGAGCAGCUCCGUCUUGCCAGGGUUCAGCUUGAGGUGGUGAUCCGUCAUCCAUACUGAUAUGUCGGCCAGACAUGCAGAGAUGCGAUUCGCCACCUGGUUAUCAGAAGGGGGAAAGGAGAAGAUUAGUUGUGUAUCGUCAGCGUAGCAAUGAUAGGAGAGGCCAUGUGAGGAUAUGACAGAGCCAAGUGACUUGGUGUAUAGGGAGAAAAGGAGAGGGCCUAGAACUGAGCCCUGGGGGACACCAGUGGUGAGAGCACGUGGUGCGGAGACAGCUUCUUGCCACGCCACUUGGUAGGAGCGACCGGUCAGGUAGGACGCAAUCCAGGAGUGAGCCGCGCCGGAGAUGCCCAGCUCGGAGAGGGUGGAGAGGAGGAUCUGAUGGUUCACUGUAUCAAAGGCAGCAGACAGGUCUAGAAGGACAAGAGCAGAGGAGAGAGAGUUAGCUUUAGCAGUGCGGAGAGCCUCCGUGACACAGAGAAGAGCAGUCUCAGUUGAAUGACCAGUCCUGAAACCUGACUGGUUUGGAUCAAGAAGGUCAUUCUGAGAGAGAUAGCAAGAGAGUUGGCUAAAGACGGCACGCUCAAUAGUUUUGGAAAGAAAAGAAAGAAGGGAUACUGGUCUGUAGUUGUUGACAUCAGUGGGAUCGAGUGUUGGUUUUUUGAGAAGGGGUGCAACUCUCGCUCUCUUGAAGACGGAAGGGACAUGGCCAGCGGUCAAGGAUGAGUUGAUCAGCGAGGUGAGGUAGGGGAGAAGGUCACCGGAGAUGGUCUGGAGAAGAGAGGAGGGGAUGGGGUCAAGCGGGCAGGUUGUUGGGCGGCCUGCAGUCACUAGUCGCAAGAUUUUAUCUGGAGAGAGAGGGGAGAAAGAAGUCAAAGCAUAGGGUAGGGCAGUGUGAGCAGGACCAGCAGUGUCAUUAGACUUAACAAACGAGGAUCGGAUGUCGUCAACCUUCUUUUCAAAGUGGUUGACAAAGUCAUCCACAGAGAGGGAGGAGGGGGGGAGGAUUCAGCAGUGAGGAGAAUGUGGCAAAGAGCUUCCUAGGGUCAGAGGCAGAUGCUUGGAAUUUAGAGUGGUAGAAAGUGGCCUUAGCAGCAGAAACAGAUGAAGAAAAUGUAGAGAGGAGGGAGUGAAAAGAUGCCAGGUCGGCAGGGAGUUUAGUUUUCUUCCAUUUCCGCUCAGCUGCCCGGAGCUCUGUUCUGUGAGCUCGCAAUGAGUCAUCAAGCCACGGAGCUGGAGGGGAGGACCGAGCCGGCCCGGGAGGAUAGGGGACACAGGGAGUCAAAGGAUGCAGAAAGGGAGGAGAGGAGGGUUGAGGAGGUAGAAUCAGGAGAUUGGAGGGAGAAGGAUUGAGCAGAGGGAAGAGAUGAUAGGAUGGAAGAGGAGAGAGUAGUGGGAGAGCGAGAGCGAAGGUUGCGGCGGCGCGUUACCAUCUGUGUAGGGGCAGAGUGAGUAGUGUUGGAGGAGAGCGAGAGAGAAAAGGAUACAAAGUAGUGGUCGUAGACAUGGAGGGGAGUUGCAGUGAGAUUAGUAGAAGAGCAACAUCUAGUAAAGAUGAAGUCAAGCGUAUUGCCUGCCUUGUGAGUGGGGGGGGGUGGUGAGAGGGUGAGGUCAAAAGAGGAGAGGAGUGGAAAGAAGGAGGCAGAGAGAAAUGAGUCAAAUGUAGACGUAGGGAGGUUGAAAUCCCCCAAAACUGUGAAGGGUGAGCCAUCCUCAGGAAAGGAACUUGUCAAGCUCAUUGAUGAACUCUCCAAGGGAACCUGGAGGGCGAUAGAUGACAAGGAUAUUAAGCUUAAAUGGGCUAGUGACUGUGACAGCGUGGAAUUCAAAUGAGGAGAUAGACAGAUGGGUUAGGGGAAAAAUUGAGAAUGACCACUUGGGAGAGAUGAGGAUUCCUGUGCCACCACCCCUCUGACCAGAUGCUCUCGGGGUAUGCGAGAACACAUGGUCAGAUGAGGAGAGAGCAGUAGGAGUAGCAGUGUUUUCAGUGGUAAUCCAUGUUUCCGUCAGCGCCAGGAAGUCGAGGGACUGGAGGGUAGCAUAGGCUGGGAUGAAGUCAGCCUUGUUGGCGGCAGAACGGCAGUUCCAGAGGCUGCCUGAGACCUGGAACUCCAGGUGUGUGGUGCGUGCAGGGACCACCAGGUUAGAGAGGCAGCAGCCACGCGGUGUGAGGCGUUUGUGUAGCCUGUGCGGAGAGGAGAGAACAGGGAUAGGCAGAGGCAUAGUUGACAGGCUGCAGCAGAUGGCUACAAUAAUGCAGAGGAGAUCGGAAUGAAAUGAACUAAACAUCUGGGAAAGGAGAGAGCAGGCCUCCCUCACCAAAAAAAAAAAUAUAUAUAUAACUCUCCCAACUUCCACCUCAGAAACUAUAAUUGUUUCACUGAACCACCCGAGUAAAACUCUCCCAACUUCCACUUUAGAAAUUAGAAUUGUUGUAAACUACAGCAGACUGUUAUCAGUAGCUGUAAUUAAGUACAGCAGCUACCAACCACCUAACGUUAAUGCCUCGGAUGAGGUUAGAAAAACAGCUGAAUGGUAGCAGCUAGCUGGCUCAAUCACAGGUACUCUUAAGCAUGAAAUAACAUUGGAAACAAUUAACCACAGUUGCAAAAAGUUACCAGUAGCUACCCGCUAGCUAGCUAGCUAGCUUUGUUGGUCCAAGUAGUGGGUAAGCUAGCCUCGUGCUUCGCCGGGUUCUGCCGAAUACAAUACUUACCUACAAUAAUUACCUACAAUAACCUUCAAUAACUACCUGAGUAAGCUACCUAUAAUACCAAACUACAAUACCUCCCAAUAUUUCCAAUGUGGUCAACUGUAAUAACAUUGUAUCAUGCCACAUCACACAAACAUACUCAUUAUGAAAAUGUUGAUGAAUGUUUGGUUUCAGGCUCAGGAAGAAUUUAAAAUCCUUCAUCAUCGUCCACCCGUCCUGGUUUAUACGGACCAUCCUAGCCAUCACUAGGCCCUUCAUCAGGUAAACACACACAUUAAUUACUGUGUUCUAAGUAAAGAAAUCUUGGAGUGUAUUUCAUUACACAUGGAUUGAAAUGUAGCAUGCAUGGCCGUAAUUUAAGCUGCAAGAUAAAGUUAGUAUGUGUGUGCAUGUCCACUUAGAUAUGUGUGUACAGUGCUGUGAAAAAGUAUUUGCCCCCUUUCAGAUUUUCUCUAUUUUUGAUACUCAAUGUUAUCAGAUCUUCAACCAAAACCUAAUAUUAGAUAAAUGGAACCUGAGUAUACAAAUAAAAUAAAGAUACUUUUAAAAAUGUAUUUCAUUAACAAAGUUAUGCAACACCCAAUUCCCCUGUGUGAAAAAGUAAUAGCCCUCUUACACUCAAUAACUGGUUGUGCCACCUUUAGCUGCAAUGACUGCAACCAAAUGCUUCCUGUAGUUGUUGAUCAGUCUCUCACAUCGCUGUGGAGGAAUUUUGUCCCACUCUUGCAUGCAGAACUGCUUUAACUCAGCAACAUUUGUGGGUUUUCAAGCACGAACUGCUCGUUUCAAGUCCUGCCUCAACAUCUCAAUUGGGAUUAGGUCUGGACUUUGACGAGGCCAUUCCAAAACUUCUAAUUUGUUGCUUUCUAGCCAUUUUCAUGUAGACUUGAUUGUGUGUUUUGGAUCAUUGUCUUGCUGCAUGACCCAGCUGUGGUUCAGCUUCAGAUCACAGACAGAUGGCCUGGGUCCCAUUAUGACAUAGGUCCCAUUAUGCCUGGUGGAAACCAAACACUGCAUUCCACAGUAAGAACCUUAUACCAACGGUCAAGCAUGGUGGUGGUAGGGUGAUGGUUUGGGGAUGCUUUGCUGCCUCAGGACCUGGACGACUUGCCUUAAUAGAUCAGAUAAUUCUACAGGAGAAUGUCAGGCCAUCCGUCUGUGAGCUGAAGCUGAAGCGUAGCUGGGUCAUGCAGCAAGACAAUGAUCCAAAACACACAAUCAAGUCUACAUGAAAAUGUCUAGAAAGCAACACAUUUGAAGUUCUGGAACGGCCUAGUCAAAGUCCAGACCUAAUCCCAAUUGAGAUGUUGUGUUAGGACUUGAAACGAGCAGUUCGUGCUUGAAAACCCACAAAUGUUGCUGAGUUAAAGCAGUUCUGCAUGGAAGAGUGGGCCAAACGUCCUCCACAGCGACGUGAGAGACUGAUCAACAACUACAGGAAGCGUUUGGUUGGAGUCAUUGCAGCUUAAAGUGGCACAACCAGUCAGAGUGUAAGGGGACAAUUACUUUUUCACACAGGGACAUUGCAUAACUUUGAUAAUGAAAUAAAUGAAAUAAGUAUGUAACUGUUGUGUUAUUUGUUCACUCAGGUUCCCUUUAUCGAAUAUUAGGUUUUGGUUGAAGAUCUGAUAUCAUCCAGUAUCAAAAACAUGCAAAAGUAGAGAAAAUUAGAAAGGGGGAAAAUACUUUUUUUUCACAGCACUGUAUGUGUGUUUUGUCACAGCACCAAGUUCAGCAAUAAGAUAAAGUAUGUGAACAGCCUGGCUGAGCUGCAGGAACUCAUCCCCAUGGAACACGUCCACAUCCCAGAGUGCAUCAUUAGGUGAGCCCAGUCCACACAUCCCCCACUCCUUCCUUUUAUUUUCCUUUCAUCCUCCUCUCCUCUCCUCUCCUCUCCUCUCCUCUCCUCUCCUCAUUCCAUUUCCCCUCCUCUCCUCUGACCUGUAACUGACUCUCUAUUUAUCUUCUGUUGUCAACUCUCAUCCCUAGUCUUGACGAGGAGCUGAAGGAAGCGGCGGUGAGCUCAACGUAAGCAUAGACUUUGUCCCUCAUUACUAUAUGGCUGCAGAAACAGAAACUAUGUCUCCCCACUUCUGUUUUCUCUUAGCCAGACUCCCAUUUAUCAAAUGAUCCUGUUUAAGAUCAGAAAGGCUUUUAUGUUGGAUGAGAGCCUACUCCACUACAGUGGGUUUGCUCCGACCACUUUCAUACUGUAAUUAUAUGAAAAUGUGAUAAAUGUUUCUCGAAACGCAUUUGUCAGCCACAUCAACAAACCAUAGAUUACGAUAUGAUUAAUAAUGGUGAUAUAUCACAGAUGGUAAAUUAUGAGAGAAUUCUGAGAACAUGAUGUAGAAUUCCAAUGAGAAACAUAUUCAUUUGAUCAUAUUUGGCUCUGCCUUCCUGACAAAAGACACAUACAUACCAUGGAUUCAAUAUGCCCCACAAAAUGUAGCCAAUGACAUAUUUAACACUGCACCCCAGAUUCCCGUCUGACAUUUACUCUUUCUCUUCCUUUCUUUCUUCUACAGAGUGAGCAGUUUCCUCCAGGGACCCGAGCCGACGUCAGGGAGACCAGAGUAAGUAAGACCACUAAAGCUACUUGUUUAAGUGCAGUCUGAAGAGAGAUGGCCUUGUCUGGCUUGUCUGUCCUUCAUAUAAACACUCUAACAGUGCAUCCCACAUGGCACCCUAUUCCCUAUAUAGUACACUACUGGGCCCUGGUCAAAAGUAGGGCACUUUAAAGGGGAAUAGGGUGCCAUGUGGGACGCAUGCUCUAACAUGAAUGCCUGUUUCCUUGGCUUCUCUUCCUCUGCAGAGCCGAUAAAACCAACGCGAGCAGCUCCUAGACAAAGUGGCAUUCAACAACAGUGGAAAUUAAUGCUUGCCUCGAAAUGGAAUGUCACAUUGUUUUAAAACUCAUGAUUGUUUUGUACGCUGGAUGCAGUAAGACAGAUGUAAGGUAUUUUCCUGUGUGUUUGUCAGACGUGGAGUCGACUAUGAAGACACUCCAUAAUCCCUGUUAGCACUCAGACGUAAAUCCUAUAAGACCCCUGUAAAAUCCAUCUACAACACCUCUGACAGACCAUAGAUUAGCAUGUGGGGUUUCUUAAUCUUGGUCUUUGGGACCCACUGGGUGCACCGUUUUGUUUCUUCCCAGCACUAACAUACCUGGUAGCACACCAAGGUCUUGAUUAGUUAAUCAGGUGUGUUAGUGCUGGGUUGGAACAAAAAUGUGCACUCGUGGGUUGCCCAGGACCAGUAUUAAUAAUCCCCUGGAUGAGACUACUAGGAUACUUGACACAGUUAAUCCACAUACCAUGAUAGUUUGUUAAGAACAUAAUUAUAAUGUGGUCACUCACAGUGCAGUACACACGUCCAUUCUUAGCAUCAAAGUUUUAAUGUUGUACUUUGGUAAUAAUGCAUGAGAAGCAGUGAAGCACUAAUAUUGUCCAUCUGGGAUUUAGACAAGUCAUUAUGUCCUUGAGACAAUAUCACAUCA